GUGAACAUCUACCAGUUUCAACCGGUUUACAACUUUGGGAGUUUUCAUAGUACAGAAGCCUGGUACGGGUUCGCCAAACUAUUAAGGGCAAUUCACCGUUUCCCCCCAUAAUUGGGUAGCCAGGAUUUAGUGAGAGUCGAUGUAACUAAGUCUGUCCAGAUGGUCAUGAGCACCUUGACUGAACAGGCAAGCAAGUUGCUCGACUUCAAUCAGAAGCUCGACAUACAGCUGCUUGACAAUGUUGUUGCCUGCAUGUAUGCAGGGGAUGGUCCCCAGCAACAGCAGAUGGCCCAGAAGGUUCUUACAGAGCUGAAAGAGCAUCCAGAUGCCUGGACAAGGGUGGACACAAUAUUGGAGUUUUCCAGUAACCAACAGACCAAAUACUAUGCUCUUCAAAUCCUGGAGAAUGUUAUCAAAACUAGAUGGAAGGUCCUACCACGUCCUCAAUGUGAAGGAAUCAAGAAGUAUAUUGUUGGACUUAUUAUUAAGACUUCAUCAGAGAGCUCAUCUUUGGAGAGGGAAAAGGUCUACCUUGGAAAGCUUAACAUGAUUCUAGUCCAGAUUCUCAAAUAUGAAUGGCCACGUAACUGGCCAUCAUUUAUCAGUGAUAUUGUUGGCGCAAGUAAGACAAAUGAAUCUCUUUGUCAGAACAAUAUGACCAUAUUGAAAUUAUUAAGUGAGGAAGUGUUUGACUUCUCAAGUGGGCAGAUGACACAGGCCAAAGCUAAACACUUGAAAGAUACCAUGUGUAGUGAAUUCUCACAGAUCUUCCAGCUCUGUCAAUUUGUAAUGGACAACUCCCAAAAUGCACCACUUGUAGGUUCCACGUUAGAGACGUUACUUCGGUUCCUCAACUGGAUCCCAUUAGGAUACAUAUUUGAGACAAAACUGAUCACAACUUUAAUUUAUAAGUUCUUAAAUGUGCCUAUGUUCCGGAAUGUAACAAUGAAGUGCUUAACAGAAAUCGCUGGGGUACAGGUAGCUCAGAUCUAUGAUGAGCAGUUUCAGCAGCUCUUUACCCUUGCUAUGAACCAACUGAAACAGAUGCUUCCUGUUGAAACCAACAUCCGAGAUGCCUACCAACGAGGCACUGAUGAUGAGCAGAACUUUAUCCAGAAUCUGAGUUUGUUUCUGUGUACAUACCUCAAAGAGCAUGCUCAGUUAGUGGAAAAGAAACCAGAAUUGCAUCAGCUUCUCAUGGAGUCUCUUCAUUAUUUGAUACGGAUAUCUGAAGUUGAGGAAGUGGAAAUCUUCAAGAUUUGUCUGGAGUACUGGAACUCCCUGGCAGCAGAGUUGUAUCGAGAGUCCCCUUUCUCUGCUAGCACAUCGCCAUUAAUCAUAGGCAAAACUCAUACCGAAAUGCCUGUAAGAAGGCAACUGUAUAAUCCAGUGUUGUCAGAGGUUCGUUUGGUGAUGAUAUCUCGGAUGGCUAAGCCAGAGGAGGUCUUGGUGGUAGAGAAUGAGCAGGGAGAAGUGGUGCGAGAGUUCAUGAAAGAUACAGACUCUAUCAACCUGUACAAGAACAUGAGAGAAACACUAGUAUACCUCACACAUUUGGACUACACAGAUACAGAAAAUAUCAUGACAGAGAAACUGCACAAUCAAGUUAAUGGUACAGAGUGGUCAUGGAAAAAUCUCAACACGUUAUGUUGGGCAAUUGGAUCUAUCAGUGGGGCCAUGCAUGAAGAUGAUGAAAAGAGAUUCCUAGUCACUGUAAUCAAAGAUUUGUUAGGUUUGUGUGAACAGAAGCGGGGCAAGGAUAAUAAGGCGAUAGUUGCCUCCAACAUCAUGUAUGUGGUUGGGCAGUACCCACGCUUUCUCAGAGCACAUUGGAGGUUCCUCAAGACUGUUGUCAACAAGCUGUUUGAAUUCAUGCAUGAAACUCAUGAUGGCGUACAAGAUAUGGCCUGUGAUACAUUUAUCAAAAUAGCCCAGAAAUGCAGGCGUCACUUUGUACAAGUGCAAGUUGGGGAGGUAAUGCCUUUCAUUGAGGAAAUACUAAAUGGAAUCAACACUAUCAUCUGUGAUCUACAGCCUCAACAGGUACAUACCUUUUAUGAGGCAGUUGGUCUAAUGAUCAGUGCACAGACAGACCAGGUUUCUCAGGAACACCUUAUUGAAAGAUACAGUCUCCUACCCAACCAGGUGUGGGAUGGAAUCAUCAAUCAGGCAACCCAGAAUGUUGAAGUUCUCAAGGAUCCCGAUGCAGUGAAGCAGUUAGGAAACAUCCUCAAAACUAAUGUUAGAGCAUGCAAGGCAUUGGGUCAUCCAUAUGUUGUCCAGCUGGGUCGUAUCUACUUGGAUAUGCUGAAUGUGUACAAAGUGAUGAGCGAGAACAUCAGCAGUGCUAUAGCCACAAAUGGGGAGAGUGUUACAAAACAGCCCCUUAUUCGCAGUAUGAGGACGGUGAAAAAAGAGACACUCAAAUUAAUCUCAGGCUGGGUCAGUCGCUCCAAUGAUCCACAAAUGGUAGCAGAAAACUUUAUCCCACCAUUGCUUGAUGCUGUUUUACUCGACUACCAGAGGAAUGUUCCUGCAGCUCGUGAACCAGAGGUUCUCAGUACCAUGGCAACCAUUGUCAAUAGAUUAGAGAACCACAUAGCCAAGGACAUACCACAGAUCUUUGAUGCAGUUUUUGAAUGUACACUUACCAUGAUUAAUAAGGAUUUUGAAGAAUACCCUGAGCACAGAACAAAUUUCUUCCUCUUACUGCAAGCUGUAAAUUCUCACUGUUUCCAAGCUCUCCUUGCUAUCCCACCAGUACAGUUUAAGCUUGUGUUGGACUCAAUUAUCUGGGCAUUUAAACAUACAAUGCGGAAUGUGGCCGACACUGGACUAGACAUUCUGUAUGUAUUGCUGCAAAACAUUGCCCAGGAAGACAACAAUACACAGAAUCCUCAGGGCAAGAGUGCUGCUCAGAGUUUCUACCAGACCUACUUCACAGAUAUCCUUCAGCACCUCUUUUCUGUUGUGACGGACAGCUCCCAUACAGCAGGGCUAACCAUGCAAGCAACGAUACUUGCCUACAUGUUCAGUACACUGGAGAGCAGUAAAAUCACCCUCCCCCUUAGCCCAAAUAUGCCUGCCGCACAGAAUAUUCAAUACGUCCAACAGUUUCUCCUGAACCUCCUCAAGGCUGCUUUCCCACAUCUCAACGAAGCUCAAAUCAAACUCUUCAUUGAGGGUCUGUUCAGUUUUGACCAAGAUUUUUCAGCAUUCAAAGAACAUCUGAGGGACUUCCUGGUACAAAUCAGGGAGUUUGCUGGUGAGGACAUGAAUGAUUUGUUCUUGGAAGAAAGGGAAAAUGCGAUUAGACAAGCACUUGAUGAAAAGCGCAAGAUCCAGAGAUCUGUGCCAGGUAUCCUUGGACCACACGAGAUUCCUGAAGAGAUGCAAGACUGAGACAGAGUGUAUCUGUGAACACAGAAGAUAUGAGCUGCAGCUCACAUAUCGUCCGGCCACACAAGCCAUGAUUGGUUCCUGAUGCCAAACUGGAUCAGAAGCAUGGGGAGAAAUAUGCCUUUAAAUAGAUGACCAUUUCAUUCUUGAUCGCUGUGUGUGACUGAGAGCAUGCACUUCAAGACAGGAUAUUGAACAGUUGAUAGUGUGUCUAAGACUGGAGGCAGCUGCUGUUUAUGUAAAAUUCAAGGAAACCGAUGAUGCCUGGUGAUUUGAGAAGAUUGAGGCCUGCUGCCUGGUGUUUGACAUGGAGAGUGAAUGUGAUAUGUUGGGAGUGGCCCAGUUGUGUGAGAGAGAGGUUGUGCUGGGCACUUGUGAUAGAUAUUCCUGUAUGUACACACAUUGAACAAUGGUGUGCCAGAUCUGAUCAUCUGCAUCCUUCCUUCAUUGUAUUGCACCACAGAUACAUAUUUUUAUUGUUACUACUUUUACACAAGUUGUUUGUACUGGUGCUGAAUGCGAGCAACAGAGGACUGGCAAUAUGAUGAGGGGCAUGUACAAUCAGGGCUCCUACAUGACAAAAACUUAGCCCAUUGCAGUGCCGUAGGCACACACCACAUGAGACUAAAAAAGGGUCAGGACCACAUGUUACUAAAGUAGUGUCAUGGUUGACCCCAACUGUAGUGAAGAGGACCAUUAAGAACGUGUUGUGCUGUUGUCCUCUCUGGCAUUGUAUAAAUAUGAGACUGCAUCGUUUGUUUCUGUAUAUAUAUUUUGUGCCAAGCUGAAGACCAUGAUGACAAAACAGGUUCUUCAUUCAAUGUUGAAUUUGGUUGUACUCUUGAACCAGCUGUGUUGCCAAUUGAAGCAAGGGACACGUAAAGAUUAAGGUGUAAUGUCACUGCUUAGAAGGUUUAAUGAAAGUAUCAUGACAUAUGCAACAUCAUUCUGAAACCAAAACUAGUGGUUAGCACUAACAUGUGAAUCGGGUAUGAAUAAACAGUUUUACACUUAAAAGACAUUUGAGGAUCAUAGUGAUGUUGCUGCAGAAAAAUUAUAUCGUGAUGACAUUUUGGUUUUCUAGUUGAACUGUUUUGGCCACAUGUUUGGCUAAUACAAUCAGCCUUCUAAUGAUGUUAUUUGUUGUAUGUUUUGCAAAAUGUGCAGUGGUAAUGCAACAUCUGGAUAUAUCACGUCUGACAAUCCUAACAUGCCUAAAACAAGGGAAAGAGGUGUCUGCAUUUCAGCACAGAUUGUGUGAAAACAAAAUUACAAAUAUAUCUUUAGUAGUAAAUGUCUAAGAUUAAGUUAAGAAAACAGAAUAUAACAUGAAUAGAUAAGUGACAUAAAUGUUUUGGAUUUUUUCUUUUUGUCAAUGUGUCACUGAAUGAACAUAUCUUCAAAAUUGUGUUUAGGUAAAAUGAUCACAUUCAAGGAAUGAGAACUACCUCCAUAUUGAAGGAUUGACUAUGGACCCAGUAUGUUAUAACCUCAAAUGAAAUAGACAUGUCAUUCAGCACUGUGCUUCUUUAUUCUUACUUUUUGAAAAUUGUGUAUGUAAGCAAAAACAAGUCAUUAUGCUGUAAUGACAUCAGCUUAUUGAAAAUAAAGAUAAGCUACUGGAUCCAUAUUGUCAAUUCUUUCUUGAUGCAUUAGGAAACUAUCCCUCAUACCAUCUUCGAUUCAAUAGAAGUGCUUCUAUAAAUGCUUCAUUGAGGUGAACAUAUAUUAAUUCAAUUCUCAUUUAAUACUGGAUGUUGCUGUAUUAUCUGAAGCUGUGCAGCAGAGGUUAUCAAAGAGCUUUAUGAGUUUUCUUCUUCUGACCGAGGAGCUGACUCCUGUAGAAGUUGACUGAAUAAAAUUUAUUUGAUCUUGGUAACAAAAUA